AUGAAUCUACGCAGCACCCGCAACGAUUUUCGUGACGAUGGUUCAGUAUCAGUAGACUUAUCCUCUACGGGAACCAAUACCGAAAGUGACCCACAGUUCAAGCCCGACGAACGCGACGAAACCAAGGAAGUCCAAAGAUUGGCUUCCUCUGAGACGGCACACAUUCGUUUCUGGCGCCUGGUAGUUGUGGCUUUGCUGCUCGUAUCAGGUGCCGUGCUUUCGACGUUCACCUACGUUUUCCUUAAUGGCGAAGAGAAGGACGACUAUGUCGAUGCGUAUUUCUUGUUUGCGAACACCAUCCGUGAUAUUACCCGUUUUCGGGCCGAAAACAUGUUUGAGGCCUUUCAGUCAUUGGGGGAGUCGAUUACAGCUCACGCGAUCGACCAGAAUUUGACUUUUCCGUUUGUCUCUUUGCCCAUGUUCGAAGUCGCGGGCCGCCACGCCCUAUCGCAGUCGCGCACCGAAAUUGUCUUUUACACUCCGUUCGUAACAGGGGAUGAAAAGGAGGCGUGGGAGCGGUAUGCAUGGGAGAACCAAGGUUGGCUUGAAGAGAGUCGCAAGAUCAGACUAGAUAGUGACAAAACGUUGCAAGGAACCUCCUUUAUCGAAGCAACUAUUCCCUCUCAGAUCUUUGAAAGUACAACAGAAACAGCUGCGAACGUGGAUAUUUCUCCUCCAGGUCGGGACUUUUAUUCGCCGAUUUGGCAGAGUUCACCCGUGCCAUUCUUUCCGUCUCUUCAAAAUUUUAACCUUCGAUCAUUUGAAAACACUGAAUUCGUCAUGAAAACCAUGCGGCUGCUAAAAGACUCUGUCAUGUCAUGGGUUGAAGAUGCAUCACUGAUUUCGGGGUCUGUGUGGAAUGAAAAAGAUCAUGACGCGUUUCACGCUCAGUUCGUUACAGGCAGCCCGGAUGAGAGCACCUCAUUACGACCCCAUGCAACCAUUUACAACCCAGUACACGAGCAGCUCGGGAACCGCGACUCUGAAAUUGUGGGCUUCGUAACGGGUGUCAUUGCCUUUGACGCAUACUUGGCUGAUCUACUCCCCGAUACAGUCAGAGGCAUUUACUCAGUGUUGAGGAACACAUGUGGACAACAAUUUUCCUACGAGCUAACCGGAAAUCGCGCUGUGUACCUUGGCGACGGUGAUCGACACGAAACCGCCUUCAACCAAUACGAAGUCGUCGUUCCCUUCAACGCCUAUCGAGACCCCGAGCUCGCUGCCAACACGGACGGGCAUUGCCGGUACUCUCUACACAUCUACCCCAGUCAGCAGUUUGCUCAGGGAUACAAGUCCAGCCUUCCCAUCGUCUUCACUUCCCUCGUGGCAGCCACCUUCUUCCUCAUGGCUCUGACCUUCUUGGUCUACGACCGCUUCGUCCACCGCCGUAACAUCAAAGUGGUUAAUGCCGCUGCUCGAUCUAACGCUAUCGUAUCAUCGCUGUUCCCUUCUAAUGUCCGUGAUCGCUUGUUUGAAGAUGCCAAGGCAAGAAGCGACGUCAACCAGGCCGCCCACUCUCGUCUCAAGACGUUCCUGCACAAUGGUGACUCCUCUGAUACCGCCAUCACUGACGACAAUGCGCAUCACAGUGACUUCUUCAAGACCAAGCCCAUUGCUGAGCUGUUUCCCCAUACCACCAUCAUGUUUGCAGAUAUCAGCGGCUUCACGGCAUGGAGCUCGUCUCGAGAGCCGGCACAAGUCUUCCAGCUGCUGGAGACCCUGUACCACUCGUUCGACGAGACGGCCAAGAAGCGUCGUGUCUUCAAAGUCGAGACGGUCGGCGACUGCUACGUUGCCGUUGCUGGACUGCCCGAUCCGCGAAAGGAUCAUGCCGUAGUCAUGGCUCGAUUUGCCAAGGACUGCAUGCACCAGAUGCACUCGCUGACAAGAAAGCUGGAAGUAUCUCUAGGCCCGGACACGGCCGACUUGUCCCUACGAAUUGGGUUACACAGCGGACCCGUGACUGCCGGUGUCCUGCGCGGGGAGCGGUCUCGUUUUCAGCUCUUUGGAGACACCAUGAACACGGCAGCAAGGAUGGAAAGCAACGGAAUUCGCGGCCGCAUUCAAAUCUCGCAGGAGACGUCCGAUCUGCUUGCAGAUGCUGGCAAGACCCAGUGGUUCGUUGCACGCGAGGAUACGAUUGUGGCCAAGGGAAAGGGCGAGCUCAACACGUUCUGGCUUUCAGUGGGAGAUGUGGGUAAGGGGAGGUCGACAACCGACACAACGCACAGUAGCGACGAUGUUUUUGCGCCCAACAACUACAACAGCUCUGUAGCGUUGGAUGGUCUGAUGACGACCAGUGCCGAGUCAGAUCAGCAGGUCUACAACCUCGUUUCGAAUAAGACCUCGCGUCUCAUCGACUGGAACGUCGAUGUACUAUCGCGAUUGAUCAAACAAAUCGUGGCGCGUCGCAAGGCCUCCAAGGUACCAAAGAAGGACUCGUCCAAGCAAUACUUCUGUCCCGGCGACAACCGAGGAGCCGGGACCACGGUCCUGGACGAGGUGACGGAGAUUCUGGCUCUGCCGGAGUUCGACGCGGACGCUGCUCGUCGCCAGCAGGAUCCUGAGAACAUCGAGCUAGAUGACAGUAUCAUGUCACAGCUGCAGCAGUACGUGUCCAAUGUGUCUGCCAUGUACCGGAACAACCCCUUCCACAACUUUGAGCACGCCUCGCACGUGACCAUGUCAGUGGUAAAGCUGUUGUCCCGUAUUGUGGCUCCCGUGGAUGUGGUGGUGUCGGACGGGAAGAACCAGAAGCGGUCCUUCGCCUCCAAGCUACACGAUCACACGUACGGCAUCACGUCGGAUCCUCUGACUCAGUUUGCUUGCGUCUUUUCGGCACUCAUUCAUGACGUCGACCACAGUGGAGUUCCCAACGCGCAGCUAGUGAAGGAGAACAGUAAGAUUGCUACAUUCUACCAGGGGAAAAGUGUUGCCGAGCAGAACUCCGUGGAUCUAGCUUGGGACCUGUUGCUAGACGACAGCUUCAAAGACCUGCGAGCCGCCAUCUUUGCCACGGACGUGGAGAAGGCCCGGUUCCGACAGCUGGUAGUCAACUCAGUCAUGGCAACGGAUAUCAUGGACCCGGAUCUCAAGGCUAUUCGUAACGCACGCUGGGAGAAGGCCUUUUCAGCCUCCCCAAAUAUGCAGGAAGACCUGAAAGACAUGACAAACCGCAAGGCGACGAUUGUAAUCGAGCACCUGAUCCAGGCCUCCGAUGUGGCACACACCAUGCAGCACUGGCACAUAUACCGGAAGUGGAAUGAGCGACUGUUCCUGGAGCUGUACCAGGCCUACAUAGCCGGUCGAGCAGAAAAGAGCCCGGAAACAUUUUGGUACAAGGGCGAGCUGGGCUUUUUCGACUUCUACAUCAUUCCACUGGCUAUGAAGCUGAAGGAAUGCGGUGUAUUUGGAGUGUCGAGCGACGAGUAUCUGAACUACGCGAUGCGCAAUCGCAAGGAAUGGGAAGACCGUGGUCAGGAAGUGGUGCGCGAAAUGAUGGAAAAGAUCAAAGGUAGGGUGAAGCGUUAUUGA